AUGACUAACAUUAUUGAGGAAUCAAUGAUAAUUAAUAGACUUACUUCUCCAUAAAAAUUUAAUACUCCAAAUUAAUCACCUUUGCGUUUAACACCAAUACAACCUAAGACUCAUAAAUAUUCAAGUAAACAAAACAGUAAAACCAAUUUGCUUGACAUUCAUAAUCAUAAAAAUGUAGAAUAAUAAGAUUCAGAUAUUGUUGAUAAUCCUAUGAGUAGCUAAUUUGAUUUAACACAAGAGGAUGCUAAAGAAAAUGAAUUAGAACUUGAUCUAAAAUAAGUAUAAACUGAAAUUAAUGACUAAUAAACAAUCUCCUAUUAAAAUCUAGAUGAAAUCUAACCUGAAAAUUAAACAUAAUAGCCUCAAUUACUUACUAAUAAAAAUGCAAAUACUAUACAAAAUUAAAUCUAAAAACAUAAAUAAAUUAUCUUAAAAAAUACUUAAAUUGCAACAAAUACUAUCUAAAAUCAACAUGAAUAAAAACAAUAAUAAUAAGUAAAAUAGGAAGAAUUUUCUUAAGAAUAAAGCUAAUCAAAACAACUUGAAAAAUAAAUGGUAGAAAACUUGAAAGAAAUUUACUUAUUUUACUCAAAAUAAGCAAUUACAACAAAUAAAUAUUAAACCUUUGAUAAAUUGCAACAAUUAUCAAGCAUUAUGAUUUUGUAAAAGUUUAUGUUUUUUUGCAAAGAUUUUUAACUAAUAGACUUAGAAAUUACUAAGGAACUCAUAUUAAAAUUGGGAGGUAAAAUAAAUGAGUUAACCUUUAAGAAAAAUUAGAAUCAAUUUAAAUUCAAUCAUAAAAAAAAUUUCAUUGUUACUAAAUUUAACUUAGUAGAAAUCUAUAAAAAAAAUGCAAAUUCACAAAUGGAACUUUCAAAUGAAAAUUUUUAAAUGGUUAUCAUUAAACUAGCUUAAUUAAUCUUUCCAGAGCAAAAUGAACUUAUGUAUGAAUAUUUGAGCUUAAAUAAUCCAAAAGGAUACAGAUAGAAAAUGCAAAUUAUAGGUAGGCCAUUUUAUUCUAAAGAAUAACAGGAAAUAUUGACACAAGAAAAACUUUAUGAAAGAAAAAUUUAUUUACCUUCAAAACCAAAAGUUAGAGUAGAAAGUGUAAAAAAAGAGAGACUAUCCCUUGAAGUUGAAUUUCCUAAGGUAAAUUUAACUUCAAGAUGCAAAAAAAAGUAUAAACUGAAUGAAACUCGAGAUAAGGAGGGAAGUGGAAUUAAUUGGGAUGAUUUGGAUGAUUUAUAAUAGCAUUUUGAUCCAAAAUAAUUUAUUUUAGAAUAAGACUUAAGUGAUAAGGAAGACGAUUACUAUUUAUCUGAGUAUUCUAAACAUGGACAAAGCUUAAAAAAAAAAAUAUAAGAUUAAAUGAUGAAUUAAAAAGAUCUAUAAAUUAAAAUUCCUCAAAUUUCUAUUUAUAGUAAUAUUCUUAGUUCCAAUCAUAAAAUUGAGCAUAAACUUACCAACAAUAUGUUAACUUCUGGAAAUACUAGGCUUUCGAAUAACAAAUCUUUUGAUUUGCAAGAAAAUUCAAAAAGAAAGAAGUCAGUAGGUUAGUAGCCUUUAAAAAUUGAAUAAGCCAAUCUAGAGAAAUAAAAUUAGAUUUACAGAGCUUUUUUGAAUUAGCAAUCAUAUAGGGAAAAAAUGGUUAAUAAAAAAAAAAUAAUUUUGAUUUGA